GUGAAAAAGAAGACCAUGGGGCGAUACAUCCCAACAGUUUGGGCGGUUUUCAUAUCCCUCUGUUUUCUAGGAAUUGGUAAAGGUCAAGAGGCACCUGAGGGCACUGCCAGUGGAAAUGGUCCUGAAAGUAGCAUACCUCCAGGUGAAGACGGUUUCAUCAUAACUUUGGAAGUACUUUCCGGUGUUCCUGACCCACAAUGGACGAUUCGACAGGAUGACGAAAAGUUCAGUGAGGUACAAAACCUUUACAAAAAUGCGGAAAAACAUAAACCGGAGGAGGCACCAGCAAAGCUCGGAUACGAGGGAUUUGUAGUACAGGAGGUGAGGAAGGGACAUUACCAGCCAUUGGUAUUGAUUGUGGGUCCUGAAACAGAGGAGCUGCAGCUACUCUUACUCCGGACCAGCCCUCCUAAUAAGAUUUCGACGAGUCUCAACAAUAUCGUCGAAGGAGAAAUUCGGAGUGGAAAUGUCAAUGCCGUAAAAAGAAGUAGAGCGAAACGUUACGCACCCCCUUAUCAGCCCGGAAGAUGGAACGACAAUGUCCACGUGCUGUUAAACAACUGCUACAACUACGCAAGCACAAACAGGACUGACACCUUUGCACAGCCCGGGAAAGCGACGAGGAAACCGCUUCCGUGGACUUUUACCGGAGAUGACGUGAAGAAAUCAGCAACGUCGGAUGGGUGUGUUUUUGUGAAGGCCAAGAAAACUAUGUCUGCUCCUUCUGGUAAUGAACACCUUGUGGCUUUAGUUGUUUCCACUAGGAUUGUCAACGAUUACCACUGGUACCGACUGGACAAUAAUGGAUACUGGUCUCACAAACCUGGCCGAACCCCUGCCACUGAUCGUGACGGGAAUGGAGACAGGAUACGUGAUCCAAGAAAAGCUGCCAAUGGUUUCAUACCCUAUGAAUUUGUUUGUUUCAUGAAAAUCAAUAGGUUCACUCUAAAAAUCGCUUGAGUUUAAAAAGUAUCUGUUAAGAAAUCUGAUCAAUAUUACAUAAGUGUAACUCAAACUUAAAACUUCAACAAUUAGCCCUGAAAAGAAGUAAAUAA